AUGGUCAAUCAUUACAUCUUCGAAUGCGGCCACUGCUUCCCCGAAUUCCCCUCCAAGCUCAAGAAACUUAAGAGAGCCUUAAGCAUCCGCAGAGCUUUCAGCACAAAGGCAAAGAUCCCCAAAGACAUCAAACGGGAGGGUCUCUGCGAGGUUUGCGCAGUUUUCACGGUUCAAGACUUCCUCGCCUCGGGAACCCACCCGGGUAACACCAACAAGACCUUCGAACAACUCCGAGACGAGCGCGUCAAGGAAACUAUCGCGUUCGCUAAGGAGGCAGCAGAGCGAGAAGCGGAAAAAGAGAAGACACCGGCCCCAACCCCCACACCCCAACACCACCUCAAGCGCAAGCCCAUCCCGGGAUCCGCACUCUUCAGCGAAGAGGAGGACAACGACACCGAGUGGCUUCUCGCUAAAGACCAAGAACAAUAG